AUGGAUCUACUUGAGCAAUUGCUGAAUGUGCAGGAACCAUUGGCACUGCCAGUCAUGCACGAGAAAUUAAACAGGAUGGAUGGGUCUUCAACACCUGCACAAGAUGUGAACUUCCAUCCACACAGCAAUCUCUUCAAAUGGAACAAUGGGGAUUGGCACCUGUUCCACAUUGCAAUCAAGUCCUGCACACCUUACAUGCCACAGUAUCUUGCUACUGCAGAAACACCACUCCCAGCAACAUGCCAUUUGAUCCCACCCUUGAUAGGCACCUUGUGCAGGCUGCAAGUGCCAUUGCAAGAGAAUUGGGCACAGCUGCAAGGGACCAGUAUGUCUGUGGUAGAGAUGGGUAUCCUCUACUUGGCAUGCCAGAUCAAGGUGGCCUCUGUACAUCUGAAGCAGACUGCCAAUAUCAUGGGGUGGCCCAUGCAUUGGUUUGCAAACCUAGCAAUGGACUUGAAUCAGCUUAAUAGCUUGAUUCUGGUGAUGGUAUUGCAUGCCAGUUAUACUCCUCCCCUCCUGGCAUGCUACCAUGCAUACCUCAGACACCAAGAUAAUGAGCUAAUUCCCCUUAGUGCAUUUUGCAUAAUCAACACUAUCAGCACCAUCAUCCUGCAUUGGACCCCACAUGCAGCUGAUCCCAAUUCUGGCUUUGCAUUCCCUUGGUGGCUAUAUCAUUCUGAGGAAUAUGCGGCAGAUUCCCAAAGAUUGCAAGGCAAGGGAUUGUUUUCUGUCACCUGGGAUUUUUUUAGGUUGAUGAUGGCCCAGGGCUUAUGGCCAUUGCCUGAGGUGCCAAUUGCAGACAAUCUUGAUGGCCAUAUUGAGGAGCAGAAAUAUGCUGAUGUUGUCAAUGGUCAGGGUCAACAAAUUGACCAUUUCUAUGCUAGGUGCACCUGCCCAUUUGCAAAAUCUUGGCAACACCACCCAUCCAAAGUUCAAGAGCCAGCAUAUCCUAAUAAAAUACAAGAGCUGCAGCACCAUACAGGUGACCCUGGUCACUGCACACAUGAGAGAGGGGCAUGUGCGAGUGCCCAAGACCCACCAAAUAGUCCCCAGACACCAGCCGAACACCCAAGGGAGGGAGUCAGCACUAUAGCUGCUAAACAGCAAGCAGCGGAGGAGACGAGCUGCAAGGAGUCAGGUGGGCAUGCCGAACCCAAGGUCGCAGCUGAGCAAUGCAAAUGUGAGGCUAUCGAGCCAGCGCUGGACCUAACUCUUCAAAUGGAAGCACGCACUGCCAAGAAUUUACUACGAAUGCCUACAAAGUACAGUCAAGCUAAACCCCCUAUGACAGACUGCAUACUGGAGUCACCAACUGAGCGGGGACGAGUACCGCUCGAGGGGGAGUGUGGUGGUAAUGCGAGCAGCUAUGCAAAUGGCCAAAACACGAGUGGAAAGGAUCUUCGACAUCACGCAAACAAGUCAGCUGGUAGUGAGAGCCAUCAGCACAUGAUUAUGAAGAUGCUGGAAGUAUCAAGGGUCAGCAGCAGAACAGUCAAGAAUGGGAAAGACGCACCGAAAGUGGGAGCACAGCCAGUAAAUGCUGGAAACGACCAGGACAGCAGUGGCAGUUGCAACACUGGCUCGCACAGAGUCGAGGACGCGUCACCACCCAUGGCUGCAACUCAGUACACCUAUGGAGACACCCUCAACAGGCCAGAGCUGCACAGCAGUGCACCUGGAGGCACAGGACUGCGCGUCGAGCAAGAUUGCACAUUGGCAAUAACAAACGAGACCUGUAGGUGUCAGUACACACCAGAGGAGCACCCGAAGGAAGGAAUUGGCACUACGGCUGUUGAACAGCACGCAGUGGGGUCCAGCGAGGUGCAAGAGGCCAAGAUGCUGACCUCUGUACUGAAACAUCGAUGUGGACAUAUCAAGUUCGAGGUUCCAGGGCAAGCUUUCACUUUCGAAGGCAUCAAAAGUCUGCUUGAGGUGUUAGGCACAAUCACGCCCAUUGCAGCAAGCAUAGAGAGCGAGACGCUCGAACCAGGUGACGACAACGGCAUGCCUAGCAGCGGCAAUGGCAACUCAGAGCGAGUCGGAGAAGCGGUGCUACCUGGAAAGGCUAGUCAGCAUGACAGCCGAAGCACGAACACAAAAGAUGACAUACCUGCAUCGUCAAAACCACCUACGGAGCAUGUGGAGCACCUCCAUGGAAUCUAUAGGCCAAGGCAUCGACGCGGACACAUCAAAAUGGUACCUAAAGAGGACCAUGCCAAGUCAACCUCAGGACUACAAGGACACAUGGACGGCCAAACAGUAUAUAUUCGAGCGAGCAAGCGCACUCACAAGGCUUGUGCAGUGCUGGAAGAUGCGACAGGACGACGUGCGACCUUUUACCCUGUGCCGUUUCAGGGGGAGUGUUGGAGUGAAAUGACCUCUGUCCUUACUUGGACUUAG